GAAAAUUCAAACGAAACGGUGGUCCAAAGUAAAAUCUUUAAGGCAAGCUAAAAAAGUGCACCUCAACCUUAAAAACUACUAGAAUAAAUGUUAGGAAAUUGCUUCUUCUGAAGUUGUCAUGAAACAUGCUAAGAUAUGUUCAGUGACUUAAUAAAUCUCUAAGAUACCAUUUUAUCAAAAUGGAUGUUUUGAGGCCAUGAGUAAGCCAUGAUAGAGAAAAUCCGCCAUGAAUGGAACCAAAAGGAUUUGAACAUACAUCAGUUGCGGGUAUCACAAAAGGCUACAAGAAGGUGCAAGAUCUGAUACUAAAUAACCAAAAAAAACUAUACAUUCUUUGAACUUUAGAUGUUCAUCCUCACUUUUCAUCUAUUUUUUGGCCAAAGAGGCAGCCAAUACUCAUGUUUUUAGCACUUUUCCUCCUGUUUUUGAAGUUUUGCUCCAUGGAAAUUCACUUAACCUCCGCCAUAUCAGUUGUAAUUCACUUGUUUGAUAUAAAUUAGUUACUCUUUUGGCUAUAUAUAAAUAUACUAAUUUACUAUUUUCUGACCCUCGAAUUCCCCAUUUGGAACCGAAAAUUUCCACCGACUGACAACCGCUCACCUCUCUUUAUCUCCUUUAAAUUCAGCGGCAUGCUGCUGCUGUCGCCGAGAACUGGGGUGAAAUGAUCACCACGAGAAACCUCUACUCUGUCCUCACGGCAGUUGUCCCGCUCUACGUCGCAAUGAUCCUGGCCUACGGCUCGGUCCGAUGGUGGCGGAUCUUCUCGCCGGAGCAGUGCUCCGGUAUCAACCGCUUUGUGGCCAUCUUUGCAGUACCACUCCUCUCAUUCCACUUUAUCUCUACUAACAACCCUUACGCUAUGAACUUCAGAUUUCUCGCCGCUGACACUCUCCAAAAACUGAUCGUCCUCGCCGCACUCGCCGUUUGGGCUCGUUUCACCACCUUUGGCUCUCUCGAUUGGUCCAUCACACUAUUCUCCCUCUCCACGCUUCCCAACACUCUGGUUGUCGGAAUCCCCCUGCUUAUCGCCAUGUACGGGCCCUACUCUGGAUCCCUCAUGGUACAGAUCGUCGUUCUCCAGUUCAUCAUGUGGAACACCAUCAUGCUUUUCCUGUUCGAGUACCGCGCAGCGCGGAUACUUAUUGCGCAGCAGUUCCCUGACACAGCGGUGUCCAUCGGCUCGUUCCGGGUUGAGUCGGACGUCACCUCUCUCGACGAUGGAUGGGACUUGCUCCAUUGCGAAACAGAGGUGGGAGGCGAUGGCAAGAUUCAUGUAACAGUCAGGAAGUCCACAUCGUCAAGGCAAUCUAUCUCGCUGAUGACUCCCCGGCCGUCUAAUCUCACGGGUGCCGACAUUUAUUCACUUAGCUUGUCGAGGAAUCCAACACCAAGAGGAUCCAACUUCAACCACUCUGACUUCUUCGCCACGUGCGGCGGCGAAACGCCGCCACCGCUCCAGCAAUCAAAUUUCGGUCCAGGCGAUCUCUGCUCAGUGCAAUCAUCCAAAGAACCGACGCCUCGGCCGUCCAAAUUCGACGAGCACCACCACCAACAGGGUGGAUCAAGGAGAUUUGGGCAUUUCCUGGCACCAAACCCUGAUAUUACUGCUGGAUGUUCUGCAAUCCCGAAGAAAUUGCCUGCUGCGACGGCUGUGCCCACCCAGCACGCGACGAACCACGACGCAAAGGAGCUUCACAUGUUCGUUUGGAGCUCGAGCGCGUCUCCGUUGUCAGAGGUCGGCGGACUCCCUGUGCUUUGCGGAGCGGAUUUCACUGGCGCGGACGGCCGAUCGGACCUCGGGGCCAAAGAGAUUCGCAUGAUCGUUCCAGCUGAUCUUCCACCCACUGACGGGAACAAAGGUGCUGUGAUUCCCGGGGACGGAGACUUUUGUUUCGGCGGCGGGAGGAGUCUGGAGGAAGGAAAAGACGGGAAGGUGGUCAGGGGCCCGGAUGUGCUGUCCAAGCUUGGAUCGAGCCCGACAUCGGAGCUUCACCCGAAGGUCACGGCCUGCGUCGGUGGUGGGAAGGAGGCACAGAUGCCGCCGGCGAGCGUGAUGAGCCGUCUAAUUCUCAUAAUGGUGUGGCGCAAGCUCAUUCGCAAUCCCAACACAUACUCCAUCCUCAUCGGGCUAAUCUGGUCCCUGAUAGCUUUCCGGUGGGACGUUCAUAUGCCCAAGAUUAUUGAGAAGUCCAUAUCGAUACUGUCCGACGCCGGACUCGGGAUGGCUAUGUUUAGCUUAGGAUUUUUUAUGGCGCUUCAACCAAAAAUCAUCGCUUGCGGGAACGCCUUGGCGGGCUUCGCGACAGCUGUUCGAUUUCUGACCGGCCCGGCAGUGAUGACCGUCGCCUCCAUCGCCGUCGGCCUCCGUGGCGAUCUCAUCCGCGUUGCUAUUGUCCAGGCGGCACUACCGCAAGGCAUCGUCCCAUUCGUCUUCGCCAAGGAGUACAACGUCCAUCCAGCCAUCUUGAGCACGGCGGUUAUUUUCGGUAUGCUGAUUGCUCUUCCUAUCACGCUGUUUUACUAUAUCAUCCUUGGAUUAUAACUGCGGAGUUUUGCCGGACUCAAAGAAGAAGAAAUACGGAGUCUUCCAUCGAUGGGGACGUCUCAGGCAGCGAGGCCAGUCCGGUGUCCGAAAAAUUACCUUUUUUUUACUUUAUGUUUUACAUUUUUCAACUUGCGGCAAAUCUCGCAGAAAUGAACGUCUUGUUUGGAUUUGAUUGAAAAGAAGUUC